CCCAGCGCGGCGGGCCUGGGGGCGUGUCUAUGCAAACGAAGGGGUGUGGUUAUGCAAAUUGCGCCGACGGAGCGCGACGCGCUGGAAUCUCCUUCCACAGCCUCCCAGUGAAGGACCAAGAUGCAGGUAGACUCUGUGCUUCACAGUGGCUACUUCCACCCGGUGCUACGCUCCUGGCAGUGCACGGCAGCCACCUUUGAUGCUUCCAACCUCAUCUACCCCAUCUUUGUCACGGACAGCCCUGACGCAGUGGAGCCGAUCCCCAGCCUCCCUGGACAAGCCAGGUAUGGAGUCAACAAACUGGAGGAGAUGCUGCGUCCCCUUGUUGAAGAUGGUCUGAAGUGUGUGCUCAUCUUCGGUGUGCCCAGCAAGGUCCACAAGGAUGAGAGAGGCUCUGCUGCUGAUGCAGACGACACACCUGCCAUCCAGGCAAUCAAGAAGAUCCGCUCCACCUUCCCAGAGCUGCUUAUUGCCUGCGAUGUCUGCUUGUGCCCUUACACCUCCCAUGGACACUGUGGUAUCCUGCGUCAAGAUGGCACCAUCCAGAACGAGAUCAGCUGCCAGCGGCUGGCAGAAGUGGCACUGGCCUACGCCAAAGCAGGCUGCCACAUCGUUGCCCCCUCAGAUAUGAUGGAUGGGCGCAUCGGGGCCAUAAAGAAGGCACUGAUCUCCAAUGACUUGGGCAACAAGGUCUCGGUGAUGAGCUACAGCGCCAAGUUUGCUUCCUGCUUCUACGGUCCCUUCAGGGACGCUGCAUUAUCCAAACCCGCCUUCGGAGACCGGCGAUGCUACCAGCUGCCCCCAGGCGCCAGGGGCCUGGCGAUGCGUGCUGUGGACCGUGAUGUGCGGGAGGGAGCAGACAUGCUGAUGGUGAAGCCGGGGCUGCCCUACCUGGACCUUGUGAGGGACGUCAAGGACCGACACCCGUCGCUGCCGCUGUCCGUGUACCAUGUGUCGGGCGAGUACGCCAUGCUGUGGCACGGCGCACAGGCCGGAGCCUUCAGCCUGCAGGCUGCAGUCACGGAGGCCAUGACAGCGUUCCGGCGUGCAGGUGAGGCGGGCGGGCCCGGCUCCCCACACCCCGGUCGGUACCCUCGGGGGACGGUGCCCCCCGGCCGGUGCCGCAGCCAACGCUCUCUCCCCGCAGGCGCAGACACCAUCAUCACCUACUUCGCGCCGCUGCUGCUGCGAUGGCGCCGCGAGCAGGAGGGGCGGGGCUAAUGGGACGGCGUUUGCA